UGUGAAUGUUGGCCUAUGCCGUGUGAUGUUGGGUGCGUGUGUGAAUGUUGGCCUAUGCCGUGUGAUGUUGGGUGAGUGUGUGAAUGUUGGCCUAUGCCGUGUGAUGUUGGGUGAGUGUGUGAAUGUUGGCCUAUGCCGUGUGAUGUUGGGUGAAUGUGUGAAUGUUGGCCUAUGCCGUGUGAUGUUGGGUGAGUGUGUGAAUGUUGGCCUAUGCCGUGUGUUGUUGGGUGGAUGUGUGAAUGUUGGCCUAUGCCGUGUGAUGUUGGGUGGAUGUGUGAAUGUUGGCCUAUGCCGUGUGAUGUUGGGUGGAUGUGUGAAUGUUGGCCGAUGCCGUGUGAUGUUGGGUGAGUGUGUGAAUGUUGGCCUAUGCCUUGUGAUGUUGGGUGAAUGGGUGAAUGUUGGCCUAUGCCGUGUGAUGUUGGCCUAUGCCGUGUGAUGUUGGGUGAGUGUGUGAAUGUUGAUGUUGGUGAUGUUGGGUUACUGUUGCGUGGAUGUCGGGUUGAUGUUUGUAAUCUUGGACCAUCGUGGCUUCUCAUUAACAACCCCCGUCAGGUCAGAGUCCACCCUCCGCGUUAUCGUGACUGUCAAGGCGCCCCGCGUCCCUACUGCCUCAGAGUUAGCGUGUCGAGGCCAUAGCCCCUCUCAGAUUAGUCUCCGUGAGAAAGAGCAGCCUCAGUGAGAGAAUCAUGGAGCUGUCUCCGCUGGCACUGGGCGCCAUGGACCCGGCCGAGGUGCGACGUCUAAUCAGAAGCGGUCAGCUCAGAGGCAGGUCUACGUCCGGCAUGGCUGAAGGCUUCACGCAGGCGAACUUGGUGGUGGUGGAGGAGUCCGUGGCGGAUGAGUUUGAGCGAUUCUGCCGCGCGAACGCCGGCCCACUGCCUCUGCUCUACCGCAGCCAGCCCGACGAGUGGGCAGCACCUCCCCUCGCUGCCCACUCUGACAUACGCACGGACUGCCCGGGCUACCGUCGCUACGAGCACGGGCAGCUGACCGGGCUGCCCGACUCCCUGCCCGCCCCGGGGCCCAACCCGCUCGUCUCCUUCUACCUCGGCUGCAGCUUCUCGUUCGAGCGCCUCCUGCUGGAGGCGGGGAUCCCCGUGCGCAAUGUUCAGCAGGGCCGCAACGUCAGCAUGUACCGCACGUCUGCCCGGUGCGAGGUCGCGGGCCGCUUCGACUGCCGCCUGGUGGUCAGCAUGAGGCCCGUGCCCGAGGCGAGCUUGGGACCCGCGUGCCGCCUCACGCACCCCCGCCAGGACGUGCACGGGGCGCCCGUGCACAUCGGGGACCCAGGACUGCUCGGGAUCCGGGACCUGUCCGUGCCGGAUUUCGGGGACUCUGUGAGCAGCGACCCCGGAGAUGUCCCCGUGUUCUGGGCGUGCGGGGUAACAGGGGUCGAAGCCGUGCAGAGCGCUCACCUGUCCCUGGCGUUCACGCACGCCCCGGGCUGCAUGUUCGUGACGGACGUGAAGGGGCAGAGCGCGGAGCCAGUGCCCGAGCAGGGAGAGGAGGGGGAGGCCGGGGCCCCCGAGGUGGUGUGCGUGUCGCGGGACCCCCUCCUCUACAGCCUCGUGUCCGCCGGGGCGGCGAGCGCCGUGCACGCGCUGGAGCGGCACGUGCAGCUCGACCCGGGUUCCCGGGGAAUCAAGCACCUGCACGUGCCAGGGGAGCUGCUGCACGCGGCGCUCUCCCUGUCGCACUCGCGCUCCGUACUGCUGAUCACCGGCUUCCCCACCCACGUGACCCAGCAGCCCCCCGAGGAGACGGACGGCCCCCCAGGGGCUCUCGCCAUGGCCGCCGCGCUGCGGGCUCUGGGCAAGCGCGUGGCCCUGGCCACGGAUGCGCGCGCCGCCGGGCUCAUGCGUGACAUCGUGACGGACGCGCUGCGAGAAGGGGUCUUGGAUGAGGAGGUCCCGGUCGUGACGAUGGAGGGACGUGGCCAGGACGCGGCGCGAGCUUUCCUGCUGGAGGAUGGCCCGGAGGGUCCCACACCUCGCUAUGAUCACCUGGUGGCCAUCGAGCGCGCGGGCGCGGCGGCCGACGGGUGCUACUACAACGCGCGCAAGAUCAACAUCGGGCACCUGGUCGACCCUCUGGAUGAGCUGUUUUGGCUGGCGCGGGACACGCGCGGGGUCUCCACCACAGGUAUUGGGGAUGGGGGUAAUGAGCUAGGCAUGGGCAGGGUGAGCGAGGCGGUGCGCGCUCACAUCAAGAACGGCGACGUCAUCGCCUGCGCGGUGCCCGCGGACUUCACCAUCACCACGGGGGUGUCCAACUGGGGAGGCUAUGCGGUGGCGUGCGCCUUGUACCUGCUGCGCACCUGCGCCGUGCACGAGCGUUACCUGCGCCGCGCCGUGGGGGCCCCGGCCUCCCUGGAGCAGAGGCAAGCGUGGAGCAGAGCGCUCCCCUCCGUGCAGAAGGAGGAGGCUCUCCUCGCCAUCCUCGCUCGUCACGGGGUGCGCAGCGGGGUCACGGGGACGCUGGGCAUGGAGGUGGACGGACUGCCAUUCCGGCCUACGCACUCCGACAUGAUCGAGGCCCUGCUGAAAAUCCUGCCCGCUGCCACGUGACCUGGAUGGCUGCCGCGUGACUCAGGUCACCGCAGCGCGACACGGAUCUCUGCGCUGCAGACACAUUCAAAUCAGCGAUAGCACGAGAGUGAAAUUUGAAGGUGAACUAGAGUUUAGUUGCCCGAUUUACGAAUCUUGCGCGCACAUGCUAAUUUAUGUGCACGUACGCACAUGUACAAAUCAGUCAUAAAUUAUCUUAUGGCAGUACCCCGGGGUACCAAAUACAGCAGUACAAAAUGGCCGAGGCAAUUAAAUAUUUUGUUUCUGGGACACUAAUUUUUCCAGGGGUGUACUUCACUCCGCGACUGGGGUACCAAUCAAUCCGACAUCGGUGCUGCUCCGCGAUGUCUAAACGCAGCGAGGACGAUUGCGCCGUAGUGCAUCAUGUACAGCUCGUCGAGAUGAGUCGAUUGCCGCAUCGCCGAACAUCAACAGACUAAAAAUUACUGCAUCACGGACAUUAUGCGAGAACCGGGGUACCAUGGUACCCCGGGAUACCGCCACAAGGUUCAUAUGAUCAUCAGCCAUACACACCGGUCAGAGACACACACAUGAUCACACUGGACAGUUCGUCCCUCGCAUAUAUUUGUACGUCUCCGUGGUAACGGAAUGACACAAACAGUGCAGGCAUGUUAUACGAGGCUUGUCGUAGUCCCGAUAACGACAGUGUCUGUGUGUAAAAAUGUAGAAGACAUUUUUGCGGCACAAAUGUGAGGAGUGAAAAAAUUGCGACGUUUGUUUGACCCGUGCUGGAACUCCGUUGCCGACUGAGGCUGUUCCACGUACACGGCCGUGAUGGCUUCUGGGUGGUGGGGAUGGAGGGCAGUCAGUGGGGAUGGAGGGCAGUCAGUGGGGAUUACAUAGAGGGGGUGUGGAUAGUUUAAAGUUUAUUUGGUUUAACCAGGUGAUUCUCAAGAGGCAAGAACGAGUCUCAUUUUCAGUGGGCCAGCACCACCACCACCACCACUGACAACAAUGACUAUCUCGUCCAUAUGAGGGUGAACAAUGAACACUCAGCCUGGUGGUUGUGACUUUUGUAUCUUUUAUGUGAGGGUGACGUAAUGCCGUGAUCCAUAAACAUUUCUGUGAAUCUAAUAACGACUCGAGUGGUCAGUGAUGAUGAUGAGAAUGAUUAUGAAUGUGAUGAUUGAGUGCGUUAAUGAUGAGUGUUUGUGAUGAUGUUGAUGAGGCUUCGUGCCGAUUGGGUUGAGCUUUUUACCGUGUGCUCAUGAACAAGUGACGAGAAUCAGUCAUGGUGGAGGCAAGGCUGAUGAUGAUUGUGACGAUGUUAUUGGCUUGAAGAUUAAUGUCACGAUCAAGUGUGAUGAUCGUAGUGAUGCCUGUGAUGAUGAUGAUGAUCUGUGAGGAUGUUCGCGUUCCAUCUUCCUCCUCCCGGCUGCAGGCUCCACUGGCCUACUCGCUACGCUGGAGCCUGCGGGAUGAGGUUUGGUUGUGAUUUUAUUGUUUAUUGUUUUGUUAUCUUUGUGUCGUUUUGUUGCUUGGGUAGUCAGGUUGUUGGUUUUUGAGGUGCGGUGUUGUGGGGUUUUGCGGUUAAGAUGUGAUUGUUGAUUUUUACUUUUGGUAAUGUAUUCAGUUGUAAGUGACCGUCUUCAUAACAUUUGAACUAGCUAAUUGUAGCUUUAUUUGGGCCCAUACACAUAGGUAUUAUUCACGUGUAUUUUUUUAUGUUAACUUACGUGAGGUAAAUUUCGAUUUAAAGCUUUCGUGACUGCAGGGAUUCAUCUUCUUGGUUCUUUCGGUAAAGUCACGUAGAAG